GUACCACUUCAUACCAGUAAGUGGAGGCAGAGCACCACCUCGUUGUUUGCCAGCCACCAAAAACAUCACAAUAAGAAGAAGAAAACACCGUUCAACAUGGCGCGGGAAACACGGAAAGAAAUUGAGAUGGAUACCCGCGGAGAAGUCGAGGAAGAGGCGGACAGUAUCCUUCCGUCGACUUUAAAACUGUACGAGACACAGUUUUUCGGUUUCACUCCGCAGACAUGUAUGUUGCGGGUCUACAGCGCCUUUCAGGACUGCCUGUACGACAUUUUACCCGUCGUGGAGGAGGUGUGUGUGAGGCAGCUGAGCAAAGGCGAGGCCGACGGGGCCGAGGAGCUGCUCCGGUCCCGAGCCAGGGAGUGUAGCCGAAAGCUGCAGCAGUGCCUCGAAGAGCGGUUCAAGCAGCAGUCCGAGCGAAUGACAUCGCUGCUGGUCAACCGCUGCUUCUCUGUGCCGCCUAAUGUCCUCCUCCCCGAGGACCAAUCACACAAGAAGUACCCCCAAGACGUACAGGAGGUGCUGAGGCUGGAGACGUCCAUUGUUGACCUCCAGAGAGCCUACGAAGCAGAAGUCUGCGCCAGACAGGCCCUGCUAGCUGAGCUGGAGGAGCAGAGGGAGGUGCAGAAGCACCUGGAUGAGAUCCUGGAGUGGGUCCAAGAGCUCCAGGCUGCCUGGGUAAAGGAAGGUAACGGCAGCUUUCACGAAAGCUUCCGACUGGUGAUGGAGUCCGUAAAAAAGCUGCAGGAUGCUGUUGGCGAGAUCUGCAACAAGGCACCACAUUGAACUGAACUCAAAUUAGUAAAAUGAUAUUCCCGAUGGAGAUCAUUUAGAAGAAGUUGAACAAUUUCACCCACUAAAUUAGCCCAGUGUUUAUGUAGUUUGUAGAUAAUCAAUCACCAAUGAAUUAAAGGUGCUUUAAGCGAUGUUGGGUGAUGUCACGUUUUGUUGAAAGUAUUGUCAAACAAAACAUGGACUAGUUUGCCCCUCCCUCCUCCUAAUCCUGUUCCCCGCACUAACCCCCACCCCCAAAUCCUUCUUGUGUGUUAUUGGCUGGAACUUUUUGUAGACCCUGGGCUACAGAGAUUGCGCUUUUUUUACAGCGUGUUCAAGUCACAGGCAGCUUGCAGAUAGUGAGAUGUUUGCUGUGACAACAAAUGUAGCCUAAAAAACAUGUGACAUCGCUUAGAGCCCCAAAUGUUGUAAAACAGCAUAAAUUGCUCUUCCUUUAGCACAGAGCGGCUGUUGAGACGAGUAAGUGGUUUUGUCAAGUUGGUCAUUUUUGGUUGCUGUUUGUAAUAAAGAAGACAUUCACUCCCUGUUUAAAGAAGACAAUGAUGCCAACACAUGCAAAAAAAACAGAACAGCAACAGUAGCUAACAUUACUUUACCCUUCCACAAUGUAAUGCAAAUAAAAAAGCAGAUGGAUCGAUCUCUGUCAGUUUAACUGAUGAAUUUCUAAUACACAGGUUGUUUUCUGUCAUACCCUCAUCUUCAAUCUCUCAAAAACUCAACUCCAAUUUCCCUACACCUCCUAUUUUCUCAAUUUUAUUUGUAACUUGAGGGUGGUAGUAUUUGCUUUGUUGUCAUUUCACUGGAUUCCAUUGGAUUCUUGGGGUGUUUCUUAUAUUGUGUCCACCCUCUUGAGAGUUACAUUUUUAAGCGGCAGUGAUGCCCAGCAGAGGGCGCUCUCGGCCUGUUGUCUAAUUCAGCUACUGUGAGCUGGUUUUCUAGUUCAAGUGACUGAAACUUAGGGCCUGUUGUGACCUGGUUUUAACAUAUGUCCUGAUCACAAGUGGACAAAUGCGUCCUCAGUCACCAAUUGUGAUCGGAUCUCACUUAAUAAAAACGUACAUUUCUGUUUGCAUAUAGGCUGGUUGUGUUUGUUUAUAAUGUCAGUUGUUACUUUCACAUAAAUAAAGUGAAAAAUGAAAAGCGCUGCCCACAGUCUAUCUGUGUGCCGACCAUAGACUGUAUGUAAGAGAUGCCCAAUGCCCAUUCACUGGUGGGCGGCAGGACUUGUGCAGGAGAAAAAAGAGGUCUUUAAAAGUCUCAGUGCUUUUGUAGCUUCCAACAGAAUCUCUGUUAUUUGAGCUUUAGUUUCUAUUAUAACUGCUUUAUUUUACGUUGCAUUAGCUGCUGAUGAAGACCUAACAUUUCCUGAUUUAGCUGCUUCAUAAUAAAAUCAUUCAAAUACCAAAA